AUGUCGCCGCCUGGAGACACCGGUUCGGUCAAGUAUACGAGGACGGGGCGUGUCUAUACUCGAGCUGAACAUCUCAGACGGCAUCAGCAGAACCACAAACCGGGUGCGUUUCCUUGCGACGUACCUGGUUGCAGCAGAUCAUUCUACCGCGAAGACCUUCUGAUCCGCCACAAAGCACGACACGAUGAUCCUCUCGACCCUCCCAGUCGCCAGGGCUCGCCGGACAGUCAGCCUUCCUCAACACCUGCUGGUCGAGCUACCAGCCAAAGCCUACCGCAACGGCCGGCGGUGAGGUCGAACGCUACAUCCUACGAUGCGCAUGCCAAUGCGACCAGUGCACCACCCGAGGGGUCUCAAGAAGGACAACAGAGUGGCAGCUUCAGCUCCAAAAUUGGGUAUCCGACUUUCCACGACCAAGGCCAACCGGCCGGCGCAGUGCCCGUCGACAUGCAAGGCGCAUGGUCAGCGUUCUCGUUCGGACCACAAUGGGAUCCAUCACCACCAUAUUCACCGGCCGGCUACGAUUCACCCACCAACCCAAAUAACGGCUUAUACUGCGCCGGCCUACCUUACUUUCAGCCGCACGCCGAGCUGGCACGGCACGACUCUCACGCAUCCUUCUUCGCGACUUACCCACCACCGCAUACGUCACGCUCGCCAGUCUCUGCAGGCUCAUCAACUAUACAUCUACCUCAAUGGGGCCGAAACGCGCCCUACGCGCAAGUGAAUACCUCUUCUGGAUCAAAGGUUUCUUUCGGAGAGAACGCGGGAUUGUAUAAUAGCCAUCUGGCAGUGCAGGAGGCUUUUCCCGGAACGUACAGCGCUGCGCUUUGGACCCCGGAUCAGCGAGAUUUCAUGGAGCAGGAUGAUUUGUUCAAGGGCAUGGAUGUGUCGCAGAGCUCAUCGCUGGACCUGAGCUUUGAUGAGCCGGCGUUGUCGAACGAAGGGAAAUAUUUGCAAGCAUAUUGGAACUGGGUGCAUCCCUUGUAUGCAGUGAUACAUCGGCCAUCAUUUCAUGUUCAACACGCGCCGCCUUUGCUGAAGGCUGCAAUCCUGGCUUUGGGUGCACAAGCGUGCAAUGAUGUCAAGGACAAGAAUGCUGCGAGGUUCAUUCAUGAGCGGUGCAUUAAGGUGUUGCAGAAGCGGAAACUCAACGAAUGGCACUCGCUCCGAACAGUGGACUUGCAAGCGGUGUGUCUGAUUGAGAUCUACACGAUAUUCAAGUCUCGACGCCCACCCUUAGAGUUUUCCAGUGCAUUUCAUGAUGCCUACAACCAUCUUGCCAACGACCCUUCUGUCGUGGACGACCACACUAUGCACGAUUCUUUUAUGGCAUCACUCGGAGCUGGCGGCUACAUAGACGACUUUUCAAGAGCUACGAUCUUGGACAUCCACAUAAGGAAGCGUCUUCUCGCGCUCUGCGUUAUGCUUGACGUACAUCAUGCAACACUCUUUGGUCGAAAAAAGACCAACUGCUACACUGGCGGCGGAAUAUACCUCCCAUUUCCGGUAGAACAGAGCAUAUGGGAUACGCCGGUGGACCACAACUUCUGCAGUAUACCACACAGACAAGUCUGGGAGGCAGUGAGGGACAGCGACCUAAACACAACCAAUCCUCCAAGCUACGACAUCUUCCAAUCGACAGUCUUGAUGACCGCGUUAAGCGAUUCCGACAAAGGCACAAAUCUUCCAUCCCUCCAAUGCCAGGACCCGGAAGCAGACCCCUGCGCCUCCAUCUUCGCCACAAUAGAGCAAUCACCUCGAUCGAAACUAGCCUACCACACCCUCAAACUCUGCACGCUCACCCCAAUACGAGACCUCUUCGCCGUAGCCGGCGAGUCCUGGAUCAUCGGCGAAAAAAUCCCUACCUCGAAAGAAUACUCCUCCGCCCAACGCCGCUGCUACGAAUGGGUUAGCUCCUCCACUCCCGACGCUGCAGUCCACAAAGCCAUCCGUCACGCCCGAAAGGCUCUAGAUAUCUGCCACCGAACCCCACGAACCGGGCUCCUCUUCCAGGAAUGGGCUAUCUACGUCUCCGCUAUCCUGCUCUGGGCACGCGCGUACACGACUUCCAGCUCUGCGCCCCGAAUGCCACGGCUGUCCGUACCGCAGCCCACAGAGCCUAGGCUGGGGCUGGGGGAGUUGGAGAGAGGGGUGGAGAAGAUCUUUCUGGACGGAGGAGGGGAGGGGCUGGGGUUGACGAGCGAGCAGGCGAAGUUGGUGUUGGUGUGGACGAGGGGAAGAAUUGAGAGGGUGGAUGUACCCGGGUGCUGUGGGCAGACGAAUGGGGCGUUGGAUGUGCUUGGGAAGUUGAUUAGGAGGGGUGGGGAGGAGGGGUGGUUUGGCGGGUGA